CAUCAUGCGCGGCUUGCUCUGGCUGCAGCCCUUCUCAGAAACCAGCCUGGGUAAGACCUCUUGCGAGUGAGCAUUCAAAGAACAUGUGAAGACGUGGCCAUGAAGGCACUUUAAGUAUUGCCUUCGACAAAAAGAACUGUGCUUUGACAGUGUUUCCAGCGUGCCUCUUCCUUAUCAUCCUGACAGCUGAAUGCAUAUGAAACAGAAAAGUGUGUACCAGCAAACUCAAGCACUUCUGUGCAAGAAUUUUCUGCAGAAAUGGAGGAUGAAAAGAGAGGGCUUGUUGGAAUGGGGGUUCCCAAUACUUUUGGGAUUUUAUAUGGGCAUAUUUUCAUAUUUAAAAGAAAAUAUACACUUUCCUGAAAUGCCUCCUCAGGACCUGGGAAGGGUGGAUAAAUUUAAUAGCUCCGCUAUGGACGUGGUGUACACACCCGUCUCCAACAUAACCCAGGAGAUAAUGAAUAAGACGGCCUUUGCUCCCUUUCUGAAAGGGAGAAGAGUCAUCGGGGCACCAGAUCAAAAAUACAUGGAUAAAAUACUUCUAGACAAUUUCCCAUAUGCAGUGGGAGUCAUCUUUACUGACACUUUCUCUUAUAAGUUAAAAUUUUAUCAGGGAUAUUACAUUCCAAUUUUGAAGGAAGAUCUUUUCACAGCUCAUUGCUGGGGUGAAGGUGAUGAAUUUUCCUGUUCACUGGCUAAAUACUGGAAUAAAGGAUUCGUGACUUUACAAACUGCAAUUAAUGCUGCUAUUAUACAAAUCACGACAAAUCACUAUGUAGUGGAGGAGUUGAUGUCAGUGACUGCUGUAAACAUGAAGACCUUACCGUUCAUUUUCAAAGAGAACCUUCAAGAUGAGAUGUUUAUUUUUUACUGUUUGCUUUACUUCUCCCCAUUUAUCUAUUUUUUAUCACUCAAUGUUACAAAAGAGAGAAAAAAGUACAAGGACUUGAUGAAAAUGAUGGGUCUACAAGACUCAGCCUUCUGGCUCUCCUGGGGUCUAAUCUACACCGGCUGCAUCUUCAUCACCUCCAUCAUCAUCGCAGCUAUCAUAACAUCUACCCAAAUUAUAGUCAUGACGGGCUUCAUGGUUAUAUUUACUCUCUUUUUCUUAUAUGGCGUAUCUUUGAUAGCUCUGGCGUUCCUGGUGAGUGUGCUGCUGAAGAAGACCGUCCUCACCAGCAUGGUUGUGUUUCUCCUCACUCUCUUUUGGGGGGGUGUGGGGUUCACUGCAUUUUACAGACAACUCCCAUCACCUCUGGAGUGGCUUUUCAGCAUCUGUAGCCCCUUUGCCUUCACUGCUGGAAUUACCCAGAUCAUCUACCUGGAUUAUAAUGCGAAUGGUGUAGUUUUUCCUGACACUUCAGGAGACUCAUAUAUAAUGAUAGCAGCUUUUUGCAUGUUGGCUUUCGAUGCUCUGUUGUACUUGGCGUUGGCAUUAUACUUUGACAAAAUCUUACCCUAUGGAAAUGAGCACCGUUACCCUCCAUUAUUUUUCCUGAACUCAACACCUUGUUUCCAACACAAAAGGACUGAGAAUGAGGUCACUGAGAAAGAGAUAGAUCCUGGGCACUCCUCUGAUGGUUAUUUUGAACCGGUAGCUCCAGAAUUCCAAGGGAAGGAAGCUAUCAGAAUCAGAAAUGUUAAAAAAGAAUAUGAAGAAAAGACUGGAAAAGUGGAAGUAUUGAAAGGCUUAUUCUUUGACGUAUAUGAAGGUCAGAUCACAGCGAUUCUGGGUCACAGCGGAGCUGGCAAGUCUUCGCUGCUGAAGAUCCUCAGUGGGCUGUCUGUUCCGACAGAAGGAUCAGUUACCAUCUAUAAUAAAAAUCUCUCUGAAAUGCAAGACUUGGAGGAAAUCCAAAAGAUAACCGGUGUUUGUCCUCAAUUCAAUGUUCAGUUUGACACGCUCACUGUGAAGGAGAACCUCAGGCUGUUUGCUAAAAUAAAAGGGAUUCGGCCACAGGAAGUGGAACAAGAGGUGCAAAGAAUUUUAUUGGAAUUGGACAUACAGAACAUUCAGGAUAAUCUUGCUGCACAUCUCAGUGAAGGUCAGAAAAGAAAGCUGACCAUUGGGAUCGCCAUUUUAGGAGACCCUGAAGUUUUGCUGUUAGAUGAGCCAACCGUGGGAUUGGAUCCCUUCUCCAGGUACCGAGUGUGGAGCUUCCUCAAGGAGCACAAAGCAGACCGCGUGAUCCUCUUGAGUACCAACUUCAUGGAUGAAGCUGACAUCCUGGCUGAUAGAAAAGUGAUCCUGUCCAGAGGGAGACUGAAGUGUGCCGGCUCCUCUGUCUUUUUGAAGAGAAGAUGGGGUCUUGGGUAUCGCUUAAGUUUGUACAGAAAUGAAACUUGUGAUCCAGAAAAAAUAACAUCCCUCAUUACUCAUCACAUCCCUGAUGCCAAGCUGGAAACAGAAAGCGAGGAGAAGCUUGUGUAUUCUUUGCCUGUGGAAAGGACAGAGAAAUUUCCAGACCUCUUCAGUGAUCUCGAUGGAGGUUCCGGCCCAGGUGUGAUGAGCUAUGAGAUUUCCAUGUCAACUCUGAAUGAAGUUUUCAUGAAACUGGAAGGAACAUCAACUGCUGAACAAGGUCCUGAGCAAGCAGAGGCGGCGGGGGACGCGGGACGCCCACCGGAAGUGGGUGCACCUUGCUCUGCCUUCCCUGAGAUGCAGACGGCGCCCAGCGCCACGGGCCUCUGGAGGAUGCAGCUGUGUGCAGUGGCACGGCUGCGCUUCUUGAAGCUAAAACGGGGGAAGAAAGCCCUCCUGACCCUACUGUUUGUGUUUGGACUUGCACUCUUCCCUCUGACUGUGGAAAGAAUACUCCAUGCUGUGUUAAAUCAAAACACUGAUUGGGAAUUUAAACCCGACCUGUAUUUCCUCUCUCCUGGACAACUUCCCCAAGACGCUCGUACCAGCUUGUUGGUCAUCAAUAACACAGAAUCAAAUAUUGAAGAUUUUAUACAGUCACUGAAGCAUCAGAACAUACUUUUGGAAGUAGAUGACUUUGAAAAUAGAAACGGCACGGAAGACCCAUCUUACAAUGGAGCCAUCAUAGUUGCUGGUAAAAAAAAGGAGUAUAGGUUUUCGGUUGUAUGCAAUACGAAGAGGCUGCACUGUUUCCCGACCCUUGUGAAUAUCGUCAGCAAUGGGUUACUUCGAAUGCUUAAUCAUACGCAGUAUAUUCGAACUGAGAGGAGCUCAUUACCUUCUAACUACGUGCUCCUCUGGACCGGGCUGCCGGAGGGCUCCUACUUCUUCUUCUUCAUCGUGUGCAGUGUCUCUCCCUACAUCUCCAUGAGCAGUGUCAGCGAUUACAAAAAGAGAACCAAGUCCCAGCUGUGGAUUUCAGGACUCUUCCCUUCUGCUUACUGGUGUGGCCAGGCCCUGGUGGAUGUUAACCUCUACAACUUCAUUCUCCUUUCGAUGUAUUUAAUUUUCUACAUAACAAACAUGGUACCCAUUUAUCUCACAAGUCUAGUUGUGUUUGCUUUGGCUGUCUUUACGUUUGGCUACACAGUUUCUCUUGUCUUCCUGACAUAUGUGAUAUCAUUUAUUUUUCGUAAGAGGAGAAAAAAUAGUGGCCUUUGGUCAUUUUGCUUCUAUAUGGCCACGGUCAUCACGUUUGGCAUCAUUAUAAUAAAUCACUUAAGCUUCCAUGUCCUGAUGGUCUGCAUGGCAUUAGUUCCCUCAGUGACCUUGGGUGGAUUUAUAAGAUUUUUGGAAGAGAGAACCUAUGAAUACCAAAUACAAUAUCAAGACCCAAAUUAUGACCUGCGUGCAGCUGACCUCCUAGUCUGCCUAAUACCGUACUUUCAGGCUUUGCUUUUCAUUUUUGUCCUACGAUGCUUGGAACUAAAGUGCGGAAAGAAAAUAAUGCAGAAGGAUCCUGUUUUCAGAAUUUCCCCUAAAAGUAGAGAUGCUCGUCCAAAUCCAGAAGAACCUGUAGAUGAAGAUGAAGAUGUUCAGGCAGAAAGAAUGAGAACGGCAACCGCCCUGACCACCUCAAUAGAGGAGAAACCAGUCAUAAUUGCUAGCUGUCUACACAAAGAAUAUGCAGGCCAGAAGAAAAGGUGCUUUUCAAGGAGGAAGAAGAAAAUAGCAGCAAGAAAUAUCUCCUUCUGCGUUAAAAAAGGUGAAAUUUUGGGAUUGCUGGGACCUAAUGGCGCUGGUAAAAGCUCAUCUAUGAGAAUGGUGUCUGGGGUGAUGAAGCCAACAGCUGGAGAGGUGGAACUGACGGGAUACGGUUCGGUGUCGGAUCAUCAGGGGGACGGUAGCAUCCGGUUCCUGGGGUACUGUCCCCAGGAGAACGUGCUGUGGCCCAUCCUGACAGCACGCGAGCAUCUGGAGGUGUUCGCCGCGGUGAAAGGGCUGCGGAAAGCGGCCGCCCGUGUUGCCAUUUCACGAUUGGUGGAUGCCUUCCAGCUGCAGGAACAGCUGAACGUUCCGGUGCAGAAACUGACAGCAGGGGCCGCGAGGAAGCUGUGCUUCGUGCUGAGCAUCCUGGGAGAGCCGCCGGUCCUGCUUCUGGACGAACCGUCUACCGGCUUGGACCCCGUAGAGCAGCAGCAAAUGUGGCAGACGAUACAGACCGCUGUUAAGAACACGGAGCGGGGCGCCCUCCUGACCACCCACCACCUGGCCGAGGCCGAGGCCGUGUGCGACCGCGUGGCCAUCAUGGUGUCCGGAAGGCUGAGAUGCAUUGGCUCCAUCCAGCACCUGAAGGAAAACCUUGGCAAGGACUACAUCCUCCAACUAAAAGUGAAGGAAGCGUCUCAGGCGACGCUGGUCCACACCGAGGUUCUGAAGCUUUUCCCGCAGGCCGCGCAGCAGGAAAGGUAUUCCUCCUUCUUGGCCUAUAAACUGCCCGUGGAGGAAGUCCACCCUCUGUCUCAGGCCUUUCACAAAUUAGAGGCAGUGAAACAUAACUUUAACCUGGAAGAAUACAACCUCUCUCAGUGCACCUUGGAAAAGGUGUUCUUAGAGCUUUCUAAGGAGCAGGACCUGGGAAAUUCUGAUGAAGAGGUUGAUACAACCAUGAGAUGGAAACUCCUCCCUCAUUCAGAGGACCCUUGAAACCUCAAGUCUAAUCAUUCUUUGUUGAUGUCAUAUAAGCUUAUGUCAUAUGUAAUAAUUAGCAGUGUGUAUAGUUAAAAAAUUUAACAUCAAUAUUAGGUAUAUUUUGUAUAUUUAGUCAGUAAAUGAAUAAAUUAAAAAAAAUUAUUCUUCCCUUUAAAUUUUGGAGUGAUAGAAAAUCUAUGAUAAAGACAAUGCAAAGUAUUAGUAAAGAUACCUGAAGAGCCAGGCAUAGACAGCUGUGAAAAUAAAGCCACACAUCUGGAAUGUUUUGAAAUACGACUUUUUGAGAAAUAUGAGGGCUUUCUAAAAUUCCCUUGCUGACAUAGGUGGGGGACAUAUUCAACAGCUAGAAACUGCAUGGCUGUUGCAGGCUGGUUUGGAUACACUGGGUGUGCAAGUUUGCUUUAACACACAAAUACAACCCAGGGUCUCCCUCCGAAACCUCUUCAGAAAUUGUUUUAAAAGUCACAGGAUCAGGAGUUCCCUUAUUCACAAAUGAACAAGCACGUGCAUUUGGAAAGUAAUUCAAAUACACCUUUUGAAAACAAUGGGAGUCACAGCAGUAUUUGUUCAGAUUUUUAAAGAUUUGACUCUGUUCUUAUGAUUGUGGGGGCACUGAUUUCCCUUAUCACCUGAUCAAUAGUUUUCUGUGUAUUUACUGCUGUUUUAAGAAGAUAUAUGCACACACGUGCACAUAGCUUUUGUAUUACUUAAAAAAAAAAUCUGUGCCAGCUUUACAUAUUAUUUUAUUUUUUUCCUUAAACAAUAGCUAUUUCAUUUUGAAUAUCACCAGAAAUUUUUUUGAAGACAAAGUAGUAUUCUUGCUGCUUUCUGGGGGUGAUGUGUUACAUAACUUUAAAAAAAAUUGUUAUGCUUAUAGAAGAAAAUGUGUAUAAUAGAGAAAAAUACAGAAGUUGAAUGUAUUGAAAAGAAGAGUCACCACCAUUUCUCCCUACCCCCCAAUCAACUAUUUCCCUUUUUCUCUAGCGCAUUGUUUUACAUGGUUGGAAUCAUGAUUAGUACAUGUAAUUUCCUGCUUAAAUAUAUAUGCAUAUUUGCUGAUAUAACAUGGAAAUUAUUUUAAUUUACUUUUAAACUAAUGAUGAGGCUGCAGCUUUGUAUGUUUGCAUUGUAUUUUGUGCUAAUUGUGUUUAUUCUUUGUUCAUUUAUCAUUGUACUUUAAUCUUUCUCUUAUCCCUUUUAUAAACUUUUUACAUGGUUAAAUAUUUUAUCUGUAUAUUUUACAUAUAUCAUAAUUAUGUCGGGAACAUUAUAUUUCCAAAUCUAUGAUAAAUGAUGUAUAGUUUACUGUUUAUUCAGGGGCCCUUAGUGCCCUAUAAAAGUAAACCCACAUCACAAUGAGAGCUGAAUUUAAAUUAUUUCUAAAACUGAAGCAAUAAAUAAUCCUGUCUUGUUUAAUUGUACAACAUCACAACAUAUACAAUCAUUUUACAUAACAAUAUGAUGAACUCUUUACUUAUACUCCUUAUAAAUUAUACAUUUUCUUAACUGUUAUACAGACAAGUCUACAAAGUACUGAAUAAACAAUAUCAGAUGUAGUACUAUGAAUAGUUUAAAAGGUUGAUCUGGACAUAGUUUGGUAAAACCAUCAUAACACGGUUGUUUUUGAAGAUGUUAACUUGUGUUUUAUUGGGAUUGCGUUCAAGGGCGGGUGAAUGGCUUCCAAAAGAGAAGGUGAUGAGAGUGAAACAAAG